UGGCCGUAAUCCUGGAAAGAUUCAUGGGUAGCGACGGUAGUGGGCAGAGCUCAGCGGAAGCUUGCGCAGCUUGCGCUCAUCAUGGGCGCUUCUUUAUCUCAAUCAGACGUACAAGGUCCAGUAUGUCCUGUGCAGCAGGAACAAGAAUCACCAUCCUCUUCGCCUUCCAAGCCUCGCCGUCUUGAGAAAUUGUGCAAGAUGAAAUCCUUUGGCUCUUUUGGCACCUUGGAGCGUCUAGGUGCUUGCCAGUUGGAGAAAUUCACAUCACGGACGCUUCAGAUCUCCAGCAAAGUGGAUCCGCCUACACCUGUUUGCCGUGCUUCAGACGAUGCCCCGGCGCUUCCCGUGAAGAGGGCCCCAAGUGUGCAGCGGCGGCAGGCACCUAUCAAGCACAUUUCUACAGCGCCAAAUUUGGGAAUUUGGGCAUGUGGCUCUCCAGUGUCAGAGCUGGAUGAAGGUAGUCCCUCUGUGACACCAUCGCUAGUGAAGGUGCCGACAGCCUCAAACUUGAUGGGCUUUGACUGGGAUGCCUUGGACGCUGAUGACCCAAUCGAAGAUUUUCAGCCUAUGUCCAGACUGUCCAGUAGCAGCCUGCCAGUGGUACUUGAAGAUGGCCCCGAGCUAAAGGUGUCACUUCCUUUGGUGCCGUGCUCAAAGCCCCUUGAGCCAGUGAGCGCUCCAAGCUCACCAUCUUGGCGAGGUAUGCGUAUUGCAAUCGUGGUCAACGGAUCUCGUGGAGAUGUGCAGCCUAUGGUGGCAUUGGCGCAGAAACUUCAGGAACACGGCCAUGAGGUGAUCAUUUUCACCAACGCCGACUCGGUAAGCACUUGCAAUGCUUGUGGCAUCGACGCAGUCUCAGUCUUUGCGGAUUGCUGUGCUGUGAUCCAAGAAAGUGGAGGCAUGAGUGGAGAUUUCGUUUCGGGGGUGUCCCGAGCGAAUUCCACGGCGUCAAAGUGGCUACGUUCCAAUCCUGGCGCUUGCGCACCAGUAGCCGAAUGCUUGCAGGGGUUCCAACCACAGCUUGUGGUUUGUGGCACAUUGGCAGUGGGGACUUGCAUCCGGUAUGAGGCUCAGGCAUCAGUGCCUGCUGUUUAUGUUUUCCUUUGCAGAGAGCUGCUAGAGUUCUUCAGUGAUGUCCUGUGCUUGCAGCCGGAAAGGCCAUGUUUCCUUGCCACAAACCCACUGCUUGACAGCGGACCGUUGCAAGCCAACAUCAGGCAAACAGGGACAUGGGACCUUCCUGACUACACAGAGGUCCCUAGCAAGUUGGAGGACUUCAUCACGCAGAAAGGCAAUGGCGGUCUUGCGAUGGGCUGGGGGUCGAUGAUUGCUUUUGGGCUGCCACCUGAGAAGAUGCUGGCUUUGGCUCUUCGUGUUUUGAAAUCCUUGCAGAUUCACGGUGUCAUUCUGGGUGGUUGGGCAAAGCUCGAUGAGCUCGCAGAGCAGCUGGCCAACGGAGAAUUGCAGAGCAUCGGAGAUGAUUGGCAGGAACUUGCCAAGUUUGCAGCUGAAAAUGUUUGCUUUGUCGCGGAGGCCCCACACGCUUGGCUUUUCCCAAGAUGCUCUUGCGUGGUGCACCAUGGUGGCCUUGGUACAACCCAAGCCGCCCUUCGUGCUGGUGUGCCCGGAGUGAUCACUCCUAUCUUCGGAGACCAGUUUUUCAACGCAUCCCAUGUGAAUCGCCUGGGAGUUGGUGUUGGCUUGGAGCAGCCAUUGCCGGAGCUUACUGUGGAGAACAUCACAGCAGCGGUUCGUUCUGCUUGGGAUAUGGCCAAGACAGCAGCGGAGUUCGGAGCCACACAGAUCAGCUCUGGUCUUGAAGAAGCGACGAAUGCACCUAGCCGCAGAGAUCUUCCGCCAAAACGUCGCAAAUCAGUUCUUUCAAGCGACUGGCAAAUACUUCACGCUAUUGCUGAGACCUGCUGCUGCCAUCCAAGAGUUCAUGCUUCUCCACUUGAGGAGUGGACUCUGGGAUAUGCGACUGCGCGAGCUCGAAGCCUUCGACUCAAAGCUGUGAGCCGCUUGCAUGGCUGUACAUAUGUGUACAGUGCCCAUGGCAGAACGAUGCUUGGCGUAUCAUUCUCAGAUAUGCUCAGUAGUUUCUUAUAAG